AUGUCUUCCCAAUCUGAAUUUACUUGGGCUCAAAGAGCUUCACGUCAAAAGGUGGGUCGAUUUCUCCAACCCAACAAGCGACGAUUGGACAAUCCAACUGAUGUACCACUGGUGGGUACUGUUCUCUAUGAAGAUGAUGACCUGAAGGGUCAAAUUUUGGCAAGCAAGGCUAUGGCGAUUAUUCAGCAAUCCCUUUCUUCUGGUUCUGUUCUGUUCACGUUUCAGAAAACUUUGUUUCCUGAUCGUGUUGCCGCUUACAAAAUGAUUCAAGACCAAAUCUCACCUGACGUGGAAUUUCGACCUCUUAGUUUGUAUGAUUCUCGUGCUGAUGGUUCUCUGCUGAUUGAAGCCAGGUUUGCUCAGGUGGAGCAUGCACAAGUGGCUAUGCGUGAAGGGGUGAAUGUACAAGGUGUAGUGUACAAAGCGUCUACCUCCAAGGAAAGUGCUGAAUUUGGGGAUGUCAAGCAUGUGCGGUUUACACUUAUGCGUAUGGUGGACAAGACCACUUUUUUGUCGGAUCUUAUGGAGUCCUUGUCGUACUUUGGUAAGGUACUGCAAGUGAAGAAGUUUACUCACCGUGGUUACUUUGAUGGUAAACUUUCGGUGAUUUUGGGUACUUCUGUUGGAUUUUAG